AUGUGUGACAAGUGGCCUCUCUUGAAGUUCCCAGACUUUGGCAUGAGCAAGGGCAGCAAGGGCAUCGGGAACUUGAACAACUACAUCCAGGCUGCGGUGGGCAAAAUUGCCAGAGAGGGCGGGCACAGCUUCAACAAGGGCGGUAAGAACUACACCGGCAACCAGAGCAGGCAGAAGGCAGAGGAGUUGGGUCUGAACCUCUCGGAUGCCACCUAUGAGACCAUCGCGCACAUGCCGCUGAGGAAAGCCACGCGCCUUAUCGAGGAAGCUGCCCAACGCCAAUCGGAGGGCGAAGAUCCAAAUCAGUACAUCGAAAGAGAGGCUCUCGUGGAUGACGAGCCUGAGGCAAAGCGGCGGCGUGUUUGA